AUGGUCUCCUCCGAUUCCAAUAUCAUCAUCUUAGGUGCGGGCGUAUUUGGCCUGAGCACCGCGUUGUGGCUCGCCCGCCAUGGAUACAAAAACGUCACUGUCUUCGACCGGUGUGCCUUUGACAAGAAUCACUACAACCCAUCAAACGGCUGCGAUGGGGCCUCGGCGGACAUCAACAAGAUCUUCCGCAUGGCAUACGGUGACAAGCAACAAUAUCAAUCACUUGCCAUCGAGGCUAGGGACAUGUGGCUCUCGUGGAACCAAGCAAUCAGGAGUGCCAAAACCUCACAUCUCCCUGCAGGCCCCGCUCCCGAGGAUCAGCUGCUCUACAUCUGCGGCUGCUACUUCGCCGCAGAGGGCCCUACCUUGAGGGACUACUACGAGGAUAGCUUGCUCACGAUGGAGAAGACGGCACCCGACUUCCGCAAGAUGCAAUUCAUCAAGGGCAAUGCUCAAGACGAAGAACGUCUCAGGAAGAUCGGCCCCAGCUGGGUCGACAAGUUUCACGUCGUCGACAAGAUUAACAAUGGCAAUAUCAAUGGGUUCCUUGAUAUCAAUGCUGGAAUUACCAUUGCCGACAAAGCCUGUGUUUACGCGCGAUUCUUGUGUGAACAGGCCGGCGUGAAGUUCGUCCUCGGAGAGCCCCAGGGCAAGGUUGAUACCUUGAUCGUCGAACAGCGAGGACUAAAGAAGAAGGUUACUGGCAUCCAGACUUGUGAUGGCCAGAGCCACUUCGCCGAUUUUGUAAUAGUCGCUUGUGGUAGCUGGACUGCGUCCAUCAUCCCCGAGACCCAUCGUACUGUCGAAGCUACGGCUGGCACUGUCAUGUUCAUCGACAUCCCGAAGGAGAGGCAAGAUCUGUGGAAGAAGUUCCACCCUGACAACUACCCAGUGUGGUCUUACCGCAAGGGAGAGGGUGACGACUACUACCAGGGAGGCAGCUUCCCCAUCACGAAGGAGGGCCGACUCAAGUUUGGCUUCCGUGGCCGAAAGUUCACGAAUUUCGAGGAUCACCCAACCGCACCAAACACCCGUAUCUCGACCCCUCGGACCAAGUACAGCAAGAAUCCCAUCAAUUCAGUGCCUCUCUACGGUCUCACACAAGUGAAAGAGGUCAUUGCCCAGGCACUUCCAGAACUGGUGGAGUUUGGAUUCACAGACAGCAGGUUGUGCUGGUACACGGAUAGCGUCGACAACGACUUCGUCAUUGACUAUGUCCCUGGCUAUGAUGACACGCUCUUCAUCUGUACAGGAGGCUCCGGUCAUGCCUUCAAGUUCCUCCCUAUCCUUGGCAGGCAUGUCAAAAAUCAGCUCGAGCGCAUUCCCGACCAGUUCACCCGCUUGUGGACGUGGCGCGUUGCCGAUGAGGGUAAAGACAAUAACGGGCUGUCCGAAGGGGAAAUGGGCCCUAGGGAGAUGUCCAAGCAUGAGAUGGCCUCCCCCUCUGAUUUUGCAUUUAAGCAGGCUAGACUAAAGUCAACAGCCUCGUCAUAAAGGGGCGAUGCUGUGCAGGGCUACAUGGUAAACUCAGUUGGGAC